UGAUUAUCAUUUAAAAAUCUGUCUCUAUAUAUAUUAUUGCACGCACGACUCUGGCGACUCUCACUUUCAUUUCGAAACUUUUAGAUUCCUUUUUCUUUCGUCUGUCUGCAUUUCUCUUCAAUGGCCACUGACAAGCUCGCACAACUCAAAUCUUCCGUUGCUGGCCUUAAUAUAAUUAGUGAGUAUGAGAAGAACGGAUUCGUCAAUCUCGUUGCUCGCUAUCUCAGUGGCGAGGCGCAACAAGUGGAGUGGAGUAAGAUCCAGACGCCAACUGAUAAGGUGGUGGUUCCUUAUGACAGCUUGGCAUCUAUUCCUGAAGAUCCGGCGGAAACUAAAAAGAUCUUAGAUAAGCUUGUUGUGUUGAAGCUCAACGGAGGUUUGGGGACAACAAUGGGAUGCACUGGUCCAAAGUCUGUUAUUGAAGUUCGUAAUGGUUUGACUUUUCUCGACUUGAUUGUUAUCCAGAUUGAGCAUCUCAAAACCAAGUAUGGGUGCAACGUUCCUUUGCUUCUUAUGAACUCGUUCAACACUCAUGAUGACACAUUGAGGAUUGUAGAAAAAUACACCAACUCAAAGAUCCAAAUUCAUACUUUCAAUCAGAGCAAGUAUCCUCGUUUGGUGGCUGAUGAUUUUGUGCCAUUUCCAUGUAAAGGGAAGACCGAUAAGGAUGGAUGGUAUCCUCCUGGUCAUGGUGAUGUUUUCCCAUCCUUGAUGAACAGUGGCAAGCUUGAGUCUUUAAUAUCACAGGGUAAAGAGUAUGUCUUUGUUGCCAACUCAGAUAACUUGGGUGCUAUUGUUGACUUGAAGAUCUUAAAUCAUUUGAUCCAAAACAAGAAUGAGUAUUGUAUGGAGGUGACACCCAAAACCUUAGCUGAUGUGAAGGGUGGUACUCUUAUUUCUUAUGAAGGAAAAGUUCAGCUCCUGGAAAUUGCUCAGGUCCCUGAUCAACAUGUCAAUGAAUUCAAGUCAAUAGAGAAGUUCAAAAUUUUCAAUACAAACAACUUGUGGGUGAACUUAAAAGCAAUCAAGAGACUUGUGGAAGCAGAUGCACUCAAGAUGGAGAUUAUUCCAAAUCCAAAGGAAGUUGAUGGAGUCAAAGUUCUUCAGCUAGAAACUGCAGCUGGUGCAGCAAUUCGGUUCUUUGAUCAAGCUAUUGGUAUUAAUGUGCCUCGAUCUCGAUUCCUUCCAGUGAAGGCAUCUUCUGAUUUGCUGCUUGUUCAGUCUGAUCUUUACACCUUAGCUGAUGGUUUUGUUACCCGGAAUCCAGCUAGAACUAACCCUGCAAAUCCAUCUAUUGAGCUGGGCCCUGAAUUUAAGAAGGUGGCUGACUUCUUGAGCCGAUGCAAGUCAAUUCCCAGUAUCAUUCAACUUGAUAGCCUUAAAGUUACAGGUGACGUGUGGUUUGGUGCUAAUAUCACUCUCAAGGGCAAAGUGACGGUUGCGGCCAAACCUGGAGUGAAGCUAGAAAUUCCAGAUGGGGCUGUACUAGAAAACAAGCAAAUCAAUGGCCCUGAGGAUCUCUAGGUGGAAAUGUUAACGUUUGAGGAGUUUCUUUUCUUCAUCUCGUUUUGCUUGGUCUAUGUUUAUUUGAGAUAGAAUUCUAUUUCAUGUAACAUUUUGAUUCCAUCAAAUGCCGAUCAUCUGGUGGUUGGUUUGACACUUACCAUAAUAUUUGAAUUUUGAUUAUUCUCUUUUAUUGAAAUAUGAAAUAAGUAGCCACUAUGGAUUAACUAGA